GAGCGCUCCGUGGCUCUCCAGUGCUUCACCUGGAUCUUCGAGCGCGCCUACCGUCAGAUGCAGCUGCGCACUCUGGGUGGCCGAGGAUGGUAUUUGGCGGAUGAGGGCCAGGUUCUUUCGGUUGAUCCACCGGAGACCUCUCUCGGCCUUCCUUCGCUCGCUCCCCGCGUCUUCCUUUACAAAGGCUUUGCAGCCGCCUCCGCGUACGUGGCACGUGGGCCGUGUCUGAAGGUGGACAUUUCCGUCCGCCUCAUCCAGGGCCAGACGGUGCUGGACACGUUGAGCCAUUUUCGAGACUGCCUGAGACAGCACUACCAGCAGACCUACUCGAGGGAGCCAAGCAAGGAGGAGAUGGAUGGAUUUCUGCAGAGGCAGAUCGCCGGACGCACCUGCAUGAGCCGGCACAAUCAAAUCCACUACCGCAUCCAGAAGGUGUGCAUUGACAAGGACCCGAGUUCCACGUUUCCCUUCGAGGAUGGCGAGAUCACGUAUCUGGAGUACUUCCAGCGUCGUCACGGCAUCGUGCUACAGCAGCAACAGCCGCUGCUCUACUGCCCUUUCCGUGCCAAGGCUGAGGUCUACCUGCCGGCGGAGGUUGCCUUCCUCACCGGCCUGGACGACGAGUGGAAGAGCAACAAGGAGUUCUCGCAAGGCCUCUGGAAGGGCCUUCGACAUCCGCCUCGGGAGCAUUGGCAGCUCCAGGGCAAGCUCAUGCGUGGCCUUGCGGAUCCAAGCGACGGGCAGGCUUUGCGCGAGUGGGGUGUCGAGAUUGCAUCAUCGCCGAUGAAAGUGCGCUUUGGACAGCUGGAGCAU